AUGGCGGGAGACACGGACGCAGACGGAUUGGCGCCAACGCUUCAGAAUAUCCUAGACCAGACGUCUUUAAAGUGGAUAUUUGUUGGCGGUAAAGGGGGCGUUGGCAAGACGACGUGUAGUAGCUGCUUGGCGGUGCUAUUAGCGGCGGUUCGCGAGAAGGUUCUUAUAAUCUCCACGGACCCCGCGCAUAAUCUCAGCGACGCGUUUCGGCAGAAGUUCACCCGCACGCCGACUCUCGUUAAUGGCUUCACGAACCUCUACGCCAUGGAGGUGGAUCCGACGGUCGAGACGGACGAUUUCGACCAGAUGGCGGGGCAAUUGGCGCAGUCAACCGGGCUGGGCGGCGCAGGGGGACCAGCGGGGGGGCUGAGCGGGCUUCUGGCGGGCAGCGGCAUGGGGAGCGUGUCUGAGCUGGCAGGCGCUAUCCCUGGGAUUGACGAGGCCAUGAGCUUCGGCGAGAUGAUCAAGCUGGUACAAACGAUGGACUACAGCUGCAUCGUGUUUGACACGGCCCCCACGGGGCACACCCUGCGCCUGCUGCAGUUCCCCUCCACCCUCGAGAAGGGGCUCGGCAAGCUCAUGGCGCUCAAAAAUAAGUUUGGCGGGAUGAUGGACCAGGUAUCGCGCAUGAUGGGGGUGGGCGAGGAGCUAGGGGAGGACGUGGUGACGUCGAAGCUGGAGAGCAUGAAGAGCGUCGUGGAGAAGGUCAACUUGCAGUUCAAAGACCCUGACAUGACCACGUUCGUGUGUGUGUGCAUCCCCGAGUUCCUCUCGCUCUACGAGACGGAGCGCCUCGUGCAGGAGCUGGCGCGCUUUGAGAUCGACACGCACAACAUUGUCAUCAACCAAGUGCUCUUUCAGCAGGAAGCCGGGGAGUCGAAGCUGCUAGCAGCGCGGGUGAAGAUGCAGCAGAAGUACUUGGAUCAAUUCAACGAGCUGUAUGAGGACUUCAACAUCACACGGUUGCCCUUGCUGGAGGAGGAGGUGCGAGGAGUGGACGCCCUCAAAUCUUUUGGGAAACACCUCAUUACGCCUUAUGUUCCCCGGCCGGUGCCACCUGUCGCAACACGAUUGGUGGAGCUGGAGCAGGAGGUGAAGGAGCUGCGACAGAAGCUAGAGGAGACACAGAAGGAGCUCGCCAAGUAUAAGAGCUCGUGA